UAUAAUGUGUCUUGGCGGUUACUUGCAGAUAUUUGCAUGAACAGUCUUGCCUCCAUUUAUGUUAAAGGACUUCUCUUUCUAGCUGUUGUAUUAAUGUAUGUUAUGAAAUGUCUUCUUUGUUUUCAGACAAUGCACCUGCCCACUGUCAUGAUACCUCACAGUACUUCAGUCAGGAAUAACAUGGUAGAGCAGUAGGAUUUAAAAAAUGGGGGUUGGGGAAUCCUCUAACAAUUUUUUUUUUUUUAAUUAUGUUUUUUUAUUUUUUUAUUUUAUUUUACAAGUUUAGCCUCCAGGUUUAUUUUUUCAUUGGCUUGUCAGAUUCACUCACCGAAGGCUAAAAUGUUACUGCUUACUCUGUGUUAUCAGGUGUUAGAUAGACUGGGAUUACACAUAAUUUCUAUAAAAAAUAUUAUGUCUAUUUAUGUUUUUAUGUCUAUUAAUGCUGAGGCAGCCAUAUGUCCAUAGUGCCUUGAGAGGUUAUUUUCCAGAGCCAAAAUCCAAAGUCAGCCACGAUUUUCACAUUUUAACUGAAAGUUUGAACACAUUUUGGCAUAUUACAAAUUCAAUUCAAUAAAUCUCAAUUUCAUUACAAUAAAAUUGCGUGUAUUUUAUUAAAAAAAUUUUUUUUAUUGAAAUCUGCCAUCUCUCUCUGAACAGUAUUUCAAUAAAAAAAAUGCAGCUAUUAUUUGGGGCAAAUUCAGCAGUGUAAACUUAAAUACUCGCGAACAAUGGUCGUGUCUAGAAGGGAUCCCUCUUUCUUCAAUCUCGCGAGAUUCUACAGAUUACACGAUGAGCGCUAGUAAGAGAUUAUUUUAAACGGUCUAUUUUGAUAAACAGUCAUUCUUGAUGAUCAAUUCAAGCUCUAAAAUAAAUAUUUCACAUAAUAAAUUUGAUAACUUCAUCCCUGUGUGUACUACUGUCGGUCAUACGAUAUUGUAAAUCAGUGAAGUACGUCAAUCAGUAGUAGGAGUCUGAUUGGGUGGUCUAGUGGUAACUAUUUCGCCCCUUGCGUAAGAGGUUUAGGGAUUUAAUCCGCCCAAAGGUAAUUUUAUUUUAUUACUAUUAAUUUUUUAAAUGAACAAAGAUUGCAUCCGCACCUCAGUGGAUGUAUAUCUUGCGCGGAAACACAUUUGUUUGCAUUUUUCUAUGGGAUUCGACUGGAAAAGAGCGCAAACUGCAGAACUCGCAGCAACGAGGAGCACUCGCCGCCCAUUCUCGAUUCUUCAAGUACAUUACUGCGGCACAUAUGUUGCUAUCUUCUUAAUACUGUAUAAUUAACGCUUAUGUUGUUUAAAAUUAAAAGCAGACAUAAUUAGACUAUACAUAACAGACUGCGCAUGUGCGAGAAUUCGACGAAAGAGGGAUCCCUUCUAGACACGACCGUGAAAAAUCUGAUACUAACAGGAAACGUACGUCAUCAUUUAUUUCUGACCGUAGAGAAAUAGCUGUGCACAUUGUGGAACUUCACACCGUCCUGUGGUGAUUUAUGUGAAUUACACUCAUGUAUGACACUUAACGUAAUUUUACAGAGAUUGUUGUGGCGAAUUUCCUUUAGUAUUAGAGGUACACAUUUUAAUACGUAUAUUCAAGCGAUUAUACUUUGUAUUGUAAUAAUAUCUACAAGACAAAAACAAAAAAACAUUCUGAGAUUUGAAUGUGGCUCAACUGAGGAUUCGGCAUUUUUGAGCCCUCAAGCGCCCUAGAGGAAGAUAACAUUGUGUCUCAUAAGAAAUUGCUAUUAUUAAAUCCAAAGAUGCUAGCAUAUAUCCUACUAAAAACACAGAAAAGGUGCAAAAUUCUGUUCAAAAACAGGAAACAGAUGGCAACAUUUGUCGACUAAUGUUUACGUUUCAUUAACUUGUCAAACGAACUUAACUAUAUGGCGCCCUCCUGUGGUGAUAUGUGUACAUUACAGUUGCCGUAGUGUAAUUCAUACGAAUCACCACAGGAGGGCGGCAAAACGCAUUUACGUCGAGUGACGUCGUUUAUCCGCAAGACGACGUUGACUCAUGAACCGGUUUCACAUAUUCUCCUGCUACAAACUGUAUUAUGCUGACCUUUGCUCUAACAGUCGUUCGACAUGGUGAAACACAAUACAACAGAGAUAAGUUACUUCAAGGUCAGGGCAUUGACACACCACUAUCGGACACAGGACAUCUGCAGGCAGCAGCAGCUGGCCGUUAUCUCAGAGAUCUGCAUUUCACUAAUGUCUUCGCCAGUAACCUGCAGAGAGCCGUUCAGACGGCCGAAAUAAUUUUAAGAAACAACCUUCAUUCUUCUGCGACUGAGAUGGUGUUGGAUCCUUUACUCAGAGAGAGGGGGUUUGGGGUGGCAGAGGGGAGACCAAAAGAAGAUCUGAAGAACAUGGCUAAUGCAGCGGGACAGGCCUGCCGAGACUACACCCCGCCUGGUGGAGAGACGCUGGAACAGGUGACGACACGCUUCAAGAAGUUCCUUAAAUCCUUGUAUCAGCGCAUGCUAGAUGAUCACUGCUCAUCCGACCCGUGUUCUGCGUCCAGUCCCGGACCAUCAGAACCAAAAUCGCCUAUUAUUGCAGGACUAGCCAAUGAUGGAGUCCACGGCGUACCCGUCCACGCUCUGAUCGUCAGUCAUGGGGCAUUUAUUCGUAUUUCUGUGCGCCACCUAGUGGAGGACCUGCAGUGCUCUGUACCCGCAGGCCUGAAAAUGAGCCAGGUGAUCUCUCGGUGCCCAAACACGGGCAUCUGCAGGUUCAUCAUCACCCUCAGCAGAGAAAAGAGCAGCCCACGGGCCAUACACAUCCAGUGCAUCUUUAUCAACAGAAAAGACCACCUGAAUGAAAAACUUUGAUUAACACAGUGUUAAGAGGUUUAUCAGAAGUAAUUAUCUAGUAUUCAGAGACUCCUUGAUUUGAUCUAGUGGGACAACAACAUGGCCAGUGUUUGUAUUGGUAAGGCCUUGCCAUGUGGAGUAAAGCACGUUUAUGUCUGUGUGAUUUUUUUUUUUAAAACAUUUUUUUUAAUGUGCAAGUUAUUUAAGUGCAGUGAUAGUUUAUAUGACAGCAUGAAACUCUUCAUUUUGUCAACUUUCUGAAUGUGAACAAUCUUAAGUUCUCAAGAUGUCUAUUUAAUGUACUCUGGAGUCAUAUAAGCACUUUAUACUCAAAGUACUGUUGUUGUAGUCUUUGAAACACUAAAGUAUUCACACAUGCUCAUGUAUCUGUAAUAAAGAGAAUGAGUGAAAUGUAAAGAAAAAUGUUCAGUGUGUUUAAUAGCUUUUUUUUUUUUUUUUGCAUGCACAAUGUUUUAUUUUGUUGUUUAUUUCAGUUAAGUUAAUGUGUUAAAUGCUUCAUGAGAAGUGGAUGGAGGUUUUCUCAAACAGAAAUGAUGUUGUAUGUAGUACUCAGUAGUUAUAGUGGGACAAUGAUUCGGUUGACUUUAAAAUUGAUGUAAAUUAAAUCUACCACAGUCUAUUCCACAUUUUCCCAUCUAAGGGCAGUUUGAGAUUGCUUUUGUAUUCAUUGUUAUUUUCUAUUUUUGUCUAUUGUUUAUGAGGUUGGCGCAAAACAGAUUUUUCAUCUGCAAUAUGUACAGUGGCCCCAAAAAUCUGGGCAAGCCAUUCUUAAAACGAUAAAAAUAUCAUUGCAUGUGAUACAAAAUAUCAAAUGAACAUGUAUGUAUGUAUGUAUGUAUAUACAAACACUUCAAGAAAAACAUGCUUUAAAAUUGGGUUAUAAAACAAAAUAGCCUACUGAUCUAA